AGAAACCAAAGAAGAAUCACCUGACUUGACUGAAGAGUGGGGAAGUCGCGGACUCAUUUUAUCAAGCUAGAAGAUGCAGACACCAGCAGAGUCCAUCCUCCACAGCGGCUAUUUCCAUCCGACGCUCCGAUACUGGCAGAGCUGCGCCGCCGACGUCAGGCCCGAAAAUCUCAUCUACCCGAUAUUCAUCACAGACAGUGAAGAUGCCGUGGAGCCCAUCGGCAGCCUGCCGGGGCAGGCCAGAUACGGGGUGAACAAGGUGGAGGGGAUGUUGCGGCCGCUCGUGGAGAACGGCUUGAAAUGUGUACUGAUUUUUGGUGUGCCUGCAAAUAUAGAAAAGGACGCUCAGGGCUCUGGCGCCGACGCAGACGACACGCCCACCAUCCUGGCCGUGAAGAAGAUCCGGUCGGCGUUCCCGGAGCUGCUGGUGGCGUGCGACGUCUGCUUGUGUCCCUACACGUCCCACGGGCACUGUGGUAUCCUGAACGAUGACGGCUCUCUGAACAACGACGCCAGCUGUCUGCGUCUGGCCGAGGUGUCUCUGUCUUACGCCCGAGCCGGCUGUCACAUCAUCGCUCCCUCCGACAUGAUGGAUGGAAGAGUGGCGGCCAUUAAGAAUGCCUUGUUGUCUAACGGCAUGGGGAACAAGGCCUCAGUGAUGAGCUACAGUGCAAAGUUCGCCUCCUGUUACUACGGCCCCUUCAGAGACGCCGUGCAGUCCACACCGGCGUUCGGGGACAGGCGGUGCUACCAGCUGCCCCCCGGGGCGAGGGGACUCGCCCUCCGGGCUGUGGAGCGAGACGUGAAGGAGGGAGCCGACAUGCUGAUGGUGAAACCGGGUCUGCCGUAUCUGGACAUCGUGAGAGAAGUCAAGGACAUGUUCCCGACUCGCCCGCUGGCGGUGUACAACGUGUCGGGGGAGUUCGCCAUGAUGUGGCACGGAGCGCAGGCCGGAGCCUUCGACCUGCGGGCCGCCGUGAUGGAGGUCAUGACCGCCUUCCGCCGGGCAGGUGCUGACAUCAUCAUCACCUACUUCACACCUCAGCUGCUCAGCUGGCUGAAGGAGUGAAGGACGGAGAACCCAGAGAACCCGGAGACGGAGAACCCGUAGACGGAGAACCUGCAUUGUUGGCCUUUUUUAAUUUUUAUUUUUCCUAUUCCGCUUUGUGAUGAUUCACAGAUCAGGACAUGAGAAUGUAAACGUUGAUAAUCUGGGGAACGUCUCCUCCUAACUAAUGGAUUAUGGGAUGUCUGUGUAUUAAUGGUGGGAACACUAAUAUCUGCUAAGAUUAUGUAUAAAUUGCUACCUCAGCCUGUCACUACAUAUUUAGAGUAUAUUAAACAAAUAAAUCAACAGCA